CUGAGCUGUGCUGACACCAUGUCAAGCUCCGCUUAUUUUUGUUUAGCUUUUGUUCCGCGUUGCCGAGUCUGGGCCCGUGUUUACUUCCCGAUGGACCUGAAAGCAGCCUGAGCAGGAAUGUGACCAGUGAUUAAUGUGUCAAGGUCAUACUUUGCAGCAACUGAGCAGAAAUUGUUUUGUUUCCACGUGAGCAGUCUCACCUCUGCGGAGGUUUAUUGACUUUCGGAGAGCACGUGAAGGAUUCGGGGCGAGCUCUGUGCUGGAGUUGUCCUCAGGUGUUGAAGAACCAGGUGACCUUGUCUACAAGCUGUCCGAUUGCCUCUUUUCCAUACUUCCAGUUCCAAAUGAGCACUCCGGCCAUUCUCUUCCUCAGCUGCAGUCUUUGGAAUUGCUUUGCCAUUGAAUAUAAGUGCACGUAUUCUUAAAGUAGAGAUUUGUUUGGAACAAGAUGUGACUUAUGAAGAUAAAGGAAGAGAUCAACACUUACAGGAUUUAUCCAGCCGACAAAGAAAUAUCCUCUUUGUUUUACGUCUUUGAAGGACUCGGGCACCAUGAUUUCCUGGUUAAUUCUGUGCUCCCUGUUUUCGAAACCUACUGCCAAGCUCCUGGAGGAUGGCACUGCACUGAAGGGCAAGAGCAGGAGAAGCUCUGGUUCCGAUAACCCCGACCAUCUGUCGUCUGGCCACGAGGAGGAAAUGGAGGUGGACCACCACCCCAGCGGACCCAAGAGCGCAGGCGUAGCCGUGCCGAAGGUCGUCCCCUCAGAGCUUGCCGCCCUGGACAGUGCGCCGAUUCACCGUGAAGACAAAGGCCACAAUGGCAUUGAGAGCAGGCACGAGUCCCUGGACAGCGACGUCGCAAAGGAGAUCAGGUACCUCGAUGAGGUCUUGGAAGCCAUCUGUUGCGAGCCCGUGGUGGAGAACGGAUCGAAUGUGCCACCUUCUCCCGAGCCGGGCCCAGUGCGGGCGGACGGCCGGGGUUCUCCCGUUUCCAUGGCGCCGGAGCCAUCUGCACUGCCGCUCAACGGCACGGUACACGUGGACGGGAAGGAGCAGCAGAUGCGGGAGGAGGGCGAGGUCAAGGUGAAUGGUCUCCUGCCGAGCUAUAUCAGAGUGUCCUCUGCGGCAGAGCGGAACAGAGAACAGCGACUGGUGGAAAGUUCCAGAAGGUCCUCCAGGGACCGCGAGCCAGUCAUCGUGCCCCUGAAGAAGGAAGCCAGGUUUGAGCUGAGGGCCUACCACGAGGACAAAAAGCCCUCCAAGCUCUUCACCGAGGAUGGGAGGAACGAACCAUACAAGAUCAAGAAGAGCAGAGCCUCGGACGAGAUCGCUGAGCUGGAGAGGGCCCGGCUGGAGGUCAUCCGAAGCCAGGUGGUGAAGAAGAAUCCCAGCAUUGCAGAGAAGUGGAAGCCGCCGCAGGAGAAGACCAUCGAGGAGCAACUCGACCCGGAUAAGUUGGAAUCCCACAAGAAGUACGCCGAACGCAAGCAGAGGAAGCAGGGGGGCCAGCUGUCCCCAGUGUCCCCCAAGCUGAAGUUUCCCAUGUUUGUGCCACCAGAGCCCAUCAGCAUCAACAGGGAAGAUGUUGUCACCGAGCAGAUAGAUUUCUCUGCUGCGCGAAAGCAGUUCCUCAAGAUGGACAACGCGCCCGAGCACGCCAGCCAGAGGCGGCCAGCGAGCACCCGAGGGACCAACACCCGUCCGGCGCUGAAGUUGGCGGAGGCACCGAAAAGGGAACGGGUGGUGGGUUCAGGCGGCUUGACAGAGACGGGCGGGACUCAGGAGCACGCGGCACCCCUGAGUGGCAGUGAGGUGUCCCUGGUCAAGGCGUCCAAGGUCAGCGUGGUGCCCGACGAGGGUGAGAGCCAGGAGGGGCGGUCACUCCCCUGGGAGGGCCAGCAGAAAGAGGAGACAUGCACAGAGCCACCUCUACACCGACCCGCUGAGCUGAUCAUCAACAGCGGCCUCAGGGACGAGGUGGUAGGGAAGGUCUGUGUGGAUGAUGAGGGGUUUACCAGGGUCAGGGCUGUUUUGACAGUGCUAAACGAAGAUGGCGACAGCGACAUUUCAGACCAUUGCUUCAAGUACGUCAAUCUCCCCUCCACAGCAGAGGAGGUAGACUCUGGUCUGGACGACUUGUCCCUUCGGUCCCAGGACACUACGGUGAUGGAAACCCUGUCCAACGACUUCAGUAUUGACAAUGUGAGCGACAGCGGUGCUUCCAACGAGAUGACAAACGUAUCCCUGGACUUCUCCCUGGGCGGUUCGCAGGAGUUUUCCCAGCCGCAAACGCCCCAAGCCUUGACUCCCGUCGACAGGGAGAGAGAUGAAAGCUCGUACAAGAGAGAAGGCACCCUGGGCUCGCUCAGCGAUGACGAGUUGUACAAGCAGAGGUCUCCGCUGCCAUUGGACACAGAGCAACAGCUGCAUUACCAGGCGGAGAUGCUGGUGCAGAAAGCAAUACAACUGGCCCUGGCCCAGGAGAGCCAUGUGACCACAGGGUCAGGGGGAUGUUGUCAGACCGAGCUUCAGAGGGCGGUGGGGAGCGAGGGGGUACACAUUACACCUCAGGCUGUGUCGGCUGCACCAUUGGUGACACCACCACCCACAGAGCAGGACCAAAGACCCCAGGCACCCGUGAAUGGAGAUAGGAUGAAGGAGGAGGUGCAGCCUGGCCGCCUCGAGGAUGACUGCUUCCUGUUUCCCACGGCAACGGCCAGGCAGUGCGUCACCGCGGAGACUGGCAGCGGCGGGUCACAUCCUUCCUUGUACAGGCCUGAGUUCAGCCCCUUCAGCGACAUUGCCAGCUACAUGGAGCCCACAGACUAUUCCAGAAACAACGUCUUUGUCAGCCACUCGCAGGAGCCGGAGGUGAUCGCCCAGUCCGGGCCGUUCAAGCUUCGCUCCCGCAGGCAGAAGACCCUGUCGAUGAUCGAGCAGGAGAUCCGGGCGGCCCAGGACCGGGAGGAGGAGCUCCGGCACCAGAGGGAGGUUCUGAAGACAGUGCAGAGUCUCGGCAGAAGGUCCCGGCCCCUGCCGUCACCACCAGGGGGACUCUCCAAACCAAUUGCCCCGGGGAAAAUUGAGAAGUCGGGUCCGGUAUCGCCAAUGGCGGAAGGCCCGUUACCCUCUCCACGGUCUGAUGCCACGUCUGUGGAGCAGGAAUAUUUAGGACAGUCUCGCUCCAGAGGCCUGAUGGAGACGUUGCUGGAAGACUAUGAAGUGCAGAAAGUAAAGCGACGGGAGAGGCGGGACGAUACCAAUGUCCUGGAGGCCACCAGGGUCACCCGCCGAAAGAGUGCCAUGGCUCUGCGUUGGGAGGCUGGCAUUUACGCCAACCAUGAAGAAAAGUAGUAAACCUUAGCAUCGCCACGUAAGGGAAAGGUCAAGAGUAUCUUGUUUUGUUGUGUUCCUUUUGUUUUUGCUGUUGUUGUUGCUGAAGCACAGGUACAAUGCGGCGUAUUUAUCCAAGCCAAGCCAUGCUGGGAUGCUCUGUAGAAACAUCCACCUUUGCAAGCACGUUGAAAACAGUAAAUGGAGAGAUUCUGCGUUCUCAAAUACAACCCAGCUACUGCAACAACAAAAAAAGACACAAGGAUUCCCGGACAAUAACUGCAUUUUAACUGCAAAACCUGAAGAGCCAGUUACUUGUAUAUGUAUAAAUACUCCUCGCAUCCCUGCAUUUAAUUCUGCACGGGCUAUGUUUAAGUCACAGUCCUUCAGACUCCACCAUUGUCAGCCUCCUUGUAAAUAGCCGUGAUAAUGAAUUGCAUGGGCUUUUAUUUUAAUUACAGCUCUCGUUUGCUUACUAACAUGGGAGGGGAGGUGGGGCUUAAGAGACAUAUUACAUUGUGGUUUUCAGGGAGCUCCAUCCAUGCAGCAACUUAUAGUUAGCUGCACUGGACCUAGUCACACACAUCGGCAGCGUAUCAAUCUGGCCUUUAUUCCCUCUUUGAUACCUGCCCUUAAUUUAUACCAUUCAUAUUUAGCCAAAGUCGGCAGUGGCAAGCAACUAUCUUAGCUGCUAUCUCCAUGUAAAACAGGAUUUGUUUUUAUUUUUUUUUAAUUUAUUGUGGAGUGUGGCACAUGUUGAUCACGAAUCAAUGGAACAAUAUGCUUUAUAAACCACGGACAGGAAUGGGAGAAAGCAUGGCGAGGGAGUUGCUUUGAGGUUGACCUACUGCUGAGACACCAGAAGGACAGUUAAUCAUUAAAA